AUGUUAGAAGUAAAGAAGAGAGGAGAUAUUCCAAUGGACAACCCAAUUGAGGUUGAUGGCAUACAAGGUGGAGAUAUUCCAUUAGACAGUAAUAAUCAGGUUUUAGAAGGUGGAGAUGGUGUUGAAUACUUUGAUUCAGAUGGUGAUGCAUCAUAUGAUGAGGACAGUGAUGGUGCCUUUACAAGAAGGAAGUGCAGGUUCCCAAUAUUUGACAGUUCUGUUGAUACUCCACAGUUUGCAGUUGACAUGUGCUUUAGAGGAAAGGAUUAA